AUAACAUACAGCCCGCCCGCAACCGUAAACAACAACGAUAUCAGAAAUGUGACGACUGCUUCAUUUUUUGGGCAAAGAAAAGUCAAUCAUUUCCACAGGGCCCUACCAGCUGUGCGAUUAUACUCACCCACAACCGCCUCCCAACAUGCAUCAUUAUCCCGGCCCACUCCGGCGCCUCGGUAUCGUACCCGGCACAGUCCGCCUGACAGCCAUCAUCCUAGAGGUCCUCAGCUUUGUCUUCCUCUGCAUACGGCAUGACCCGGAUUACAACUGGACGACCAGCUACGUGAUACUCGCCUACCUGAUCCUCAUCGACCUGAUAGAGAUCGCCUGCCUGUGCGGGCAGGCCCGGGGCUGGUUCCUGUCUGCGCUGCCGAUGUUGAUCGCGGGCGACGCCAUCGGCGCCCUUGCGCUGGUCUGCUCGAGGGACUGGUACGGGCUGUGGUACUGGCAUGGGCCGUGGUACACCAUGCAGCACCAGAUUGGGUCUGGGCUGUUCUUUGCAUUGCCGAUCCUCCGCUUCAUUUUGCUCAUCCUAGCUGUGUUUGAGUACAAGUACGAGGUUGAUCAGGACCGGGUAUUGGCGGCCGAGAGGGAGUGCCUGCUGCCUCGGUAGAUACUCGCACGAUUUUGGCAGACUUCCUGAAGUCCCUUUCAUUGACAGGCAAAGCUCCGAGUCACGCAAGUUUGAGGCCGUGAACAAAGCGCAUUUUUGGUUCAAGGCUGGCAUGUUGGAAGAAAAAAGCGUUUCCUGGAUGUGGGCCAGAAUGAUCGCUGAACCCGGCAUAGAUCGAGUCAGGGGUGGCCGAUGUGGAUAAUGAUUGUCAAGAUUAACAAGAUCUAUAAACUAAAUCUACACUAGGUCCCGAUGGCUGAGCCCCUGCACCGGUUGGCGACUCAUGCCUCGGGGAUGUCACUAUGUGCCGGGACAAUCGCGGGACGAUUCCGGACAAUUACGCAGUUGCACGCGUGUUCUCGAGUACGUACAAGCUAGCAGUACCAUGGUCUGGCACAAUUGUCUAUGCGUUUGUUACGCA